UAGGGAUGUGUAGUUAAGUUGAAAAAUGAAGUUGACAGUCCAUAGUCGAUUUACUUCUCCCUAACACAGACUCGGUUAUUCUUGCAGAGGAAUCCAAAAAAUUGUUUAUAUGCACUUGAAUUAUUUCUAUUACUAGCUUAACACAAUGUUUUAUCAUAUUUCUCUGGAACAUGAAAUUUUGUUACAUCCACGUUACUUCGGACCGCAACUCUUGGAAACUGUCAAGCAGAAACUGUACACAGAAGUUGAGGGAACAUGUACCGGAAAAUAUGGUUUUGUUAUAGCUGUGACAACAAUUGAUCAAAUUGGUUCUGGUGUCAUAUUACCGGGUCAGGGCUUUGUGGUUUAUCCGGUCAAAUAUAAAGCCAUUGUAUUCCGGCCAUUUAAGGGAGAGGUACUUGAUGCCGUAGUUAAACAAAUUAAUAAGGUGGGCAUGUUUGCCGAAAUCGGACCAUUGUCGUGCUUUAUAUCUCACCAUUCCAUCCCUGCCGAUAUGCAAUUCUGUCCCAAUGGCAAUCCUCCUUGUUACAAAUCGAAAGACGAAGAUGUUGUAAUAUCGGGUGAAGAUAAAAUUCGCUUAAAAAUUGUGGGUACACGUGUCGACGCCACUGGCAUUUUUGCAAUUGGAACAUUGAUGGACGACUAUUUGGGUCUAGUGGGCAGUUAAUUCCUACUGCAUAUUUUUUAAAGGAAUAAUAUCAAUAAUAUAUAUUUGGAAUGGAUGUUUCAUACGUAUUUUAGAAAAUGUAUAAUAGUUUUAAUAAAUAAAAUGAUUUCUAUUUAAAUAGCAA